AUGUUGAAUUCUGUGACAGUUAACACCACCAUAGUUGACACAGAGUGCUCCAAUGUUCCCGUGUUCCAGUGCUCCAAUGUUCCCGUGUUCCAGUCCUCCAAUGUUCCCGUGUUCCAGUGCUCCAAUGUUCCCGUGUUCCAGUGCUCCAAUGUUCCCGUGUUCCAGUGCUCCAAUGUUCCCGUGUUCCAGUGCUCCAAUGUUCCCGUGUUCCAGUGCUCCAAUGUUCCCGUGUUCCAGUGCUCCAGUGUUCCCGUGUUCCAGUGCUCCAAUGUUCCCGUGUUCCAGUGCUCCAAUGUUCCCGUGUUCCAGUGCUACAAUGUUCCCGUGUUCCAGUGCUUCAAUGUUCCCGUGUUCCAGUGCUUCAAUGUUCCCGUGUUCCAGGCUCUACUAAUGUUCCGUGUUCCCAGGCUCUAA